GGAGUCUUAGCCACUGUGGCCGCGUUCCACCGUCCGAGGGGAUCCUUUGUGAAAGCUUAAGUGUUUCGGUGCUAAGUUGUUAAGUAGUGAGUUAGCCUCUUUGCGUAGCGAGUCUCGGUGGUUGGGAUUUUUAGGGCCACGUCGCUUCUUCUUUCUUUCUCUCUCUUUUUUUAUUUUAUUUUUUAGCGCCGUUAAAGGUUGUCGUAUUUUCACUUUUGGAUGCAGACUGACUCCCGACUCUCGCGAGAAGUGGAAUCUCACAGUGAGUAAAGCUCGGUUAAGUUUAACCCGGUGUGUUUCCUUGGUAGUGAUGUCACCCUUGCUUCGGCUGCUGAACAAACACAAUGAAUAAAGAAGCCAGACUGAAGGCAUCAAUAAACCAGAAGCUAACGGAGACAGGAGAAAGAGAUAGAUUGAAGGAGCUGCUGAGAGCUAAGCUCACAGAGUGUGGAUGGAAGGACCAAAUGAAGGCUCAAUGCAAAGACGUCAUCAAACAAAAAGGUCUGGAGCACGUAACGGUGGAGGACCUUGUUGUAGAGGUCACCCCUAAAGGAAGAGCCCUGGUGCCAGACAGCGUUAAGAAGGAGCUCCUACAGAGAAUUCGAGCCUUUUUGACACAGCACGCCUCGUAAUCGACAUUUGCCAAGAUUAUCCUCAUAAAGAUGUUAGCUUUUGUGUUGUUCUUUUGUUUUUCUUUUUUUAAGGAUUUAAUGGAAUUCUGAAAUAUUUUUUCGAAUUGCUUAUGCAUUCUUAUCAUCUCCGACAUGUACUCUGAUAAAUGUUUGUGUUGAUCCAUUGAUCCACUGAUUCAUGUUUUAUACCAAUCAGAUGUCGUUUGCUUGAAUAAAAGGGUCAAUUUAUUAAA